AUGCCACUAUAUGCAAAGUUUUUUAAAGAAUUAAUCACCAAGAAGAGAAGUUGGCAAGAGAAAGAAACAGUGAUCCUCACUCAAGAGUGUAGUGCCAUUAUUCAAAGGGGACUGCCACCAAAACUCAAGGAUCCAGGCAGCUUCCUCAUACCAUGCACAAUUGGGAGUAUAGCCAUUGACAAAUCACUCUGUGACCUGGGAGCAAGCAUUAACUUAAUGCCCCUUACCAUGAUGAAGAAAAUGAUGAUAGAAGAGUUGAAACCCACAAGGAUGUCACUCCAACUUGCUGACAGAUCUAUCAAAAUACCGAAUGGUGUAGUUGAGAAUCUCUUGGUGAAAGUGGGGAACUUUAUAUUCCCAGCUGAUUUUGUGGUCCUAGAUAUGGACGAAGAGGGGAGCAACUCAGUUAUCCUUGGUAGACCCUUUUUGGCUAUAGCUAGAACAAUCAUUGAUGUGGAAAAGGGAGAGAUGAUCUUCAGGGUACAUGAUGAGCAAAUGACCAUAAAUGUCUUCAAGGCAAUGCAACACCCCGUUGAGAAAGAGAGUUGCAUGAGGAUUAAUGUGGUGGAUUCUUUAGUUGAAGAAGUACUUGAAAUAAACCAUCAAGUGAAACAGGAGGAAGUCCAGGACAUCCAAGGACAAGACACCAGAGGAACCAAGUGA